CAUCUUGGGCUGCAUCGGAGGGGCAAGGUUUGCGAUGCCACAGCAAGCCCGAGUUUUUGAGCGCGACUCGAGCGCGAGCCGACCUGCGACGAGCCUCUGUCGCGCCGCUCGACCCGCCGCCGUACGACCGCCACCGCACGACCACACGCGCCACCAUGGCGUCCGCGGACCCCUGGGCCGCGCUGCGCGAGUGGGUCGCGCUCCUGCCCGUCGUCGAGGACUUUGGCCUCGACGACGCGCUCCUCGACCUCCUCUUCGAGGAGGCCGCGCGCGUCGAGGACCACAACGCCAAGGAGGGCGUCACGAACAAGACCAAGAAGACGUGGGACGGCCUGAGUAAGCAGCUCGAGGACGCGCGCAAGCUCGAGGCGAAGAAGAAGCGCGCGUCGUCGUCCAAGGUCAAGGCCAAGGCCGGCGAGGAGGAGAAAAAGGAGGAGAAGGCGACGCUGGGCGUCAAGGAGCUCACGAAGCUCCUCAAGGCCGUGGAGACGCGCUACGGCGCCGAGUACUCCGCGGGCGCGGCCGCGGGCAAGGCGCUCGCCGAGGCGAGCGACGCCGUGACGGCGUCCAUCGCCAAGCUCUACCGGCGCCGCGCGCGCGACCUGCACCCGGACCGGAACCAGGGGAAGCCCGACGCGCGCGAGCGCUUCGACCGCUUCCAGCGGUCGUCGGCGGUGCUCAAGAACACGGGCCACCGCCUGCGCUACUUCAAGGAGAUGCGCGCGGCGCACGCCGCCAAGGGCUACGACGUGACGCAGCUCGAGCUCAACCGCUACAUGUGGCACAGCAUGUGGAUGGAGAGGAACCUCGAAGCGCUGGGCUUCGGCGAGGACGCGCCGGAGCGGCCCCUCAUGAUCCAGUCCGAGGAGGCCAUGCAGUCGCCUCUGAAGCCGACGGUGCUCCGCGAGUCCGUCGUCGGCGACGCCGCCAAGUUCGUCGUCGUGGAGCUGAAGCUCCCGGCCAAGUUCCUCGAGGCCGUGCGCGCCGUCGAGUGCGUCGCGGAGAUGAUCUCGGGCGACGGCGUCCUCGAGAACGUCUCCGCGCCGCUGCUCGUCGACGACCUCGCGAACUGGGCCGGCGAGACGCAUUUGGUCGGCACGGCCACGGUGCCGAGCCUCGGCGCGGGCGGCUGGGACAUCACGUGGCGCGUCGGCGUCGCCAAGUCCACGGGCGAGAUGAGCUGGUCGUCGCCGUCGGCCGGCGCCUACGUCGAGGUCGUCGACGCGAAGCGCCGCGAGCGCGAGCUCGUCGCGCUCCAGCACGUCGACACGUGCGUCAAGCACACGCAGCACCUCGAGCGCCUCCUCGCCGAGGCCGAGGGCUGGGGCGGCCUGGCCGACGCGGACCUCGACCGGGCCGCGGCCCAGCUCGAGCGGGCGAUCACGCGCUGCGCGGGCGCGGCGAACCGCGCGUUCGGCGCGCCCGGCGCGUCCGUGCUCGUGGGCAACGCGCGCCGCGCCGUGGACCGGGCCAAGCCCGUCCACGGGCGGCUCGAGGACCGGCGGGCCAUGCGCCUCAAGCGCAAGGUGCGCCGCGACUUCGCGAACGACGCGCGCGACCGCGUCUGGUCGGGGACCUUCGGGUCGUGGAUCGCGGCCGUCACCGCCGAGGACCUCGAGCGGUCCCACGGCGACGCGAACCGCCUCUUCCAGGCGCUCGUGGACGUCGACUGGGCGACGGACGUCGAGCUGGACCUCGCCGCGGAGCGGGGCACGUCGCUCUUCUCGCGGCGGAACGUCGACAAGCUCCGCGACGCCGCGCAGGCGUACCGCGACAAGGCCGACGAGCAGCGGCGCGAGCGGGAGGCGGCGGCGGCGGCGGCGAAGCGCUUCGACGCGCGCGCCGAGGCCGCGGCGGAGCGGCGCCGCCGCGAGGAGAGCGAGCGCUUCGACCGCGAGAUGGCCUUCUUCAAGGCGCAGCAGGAGGCGACGGCCGUCUUCGCGCGGCGCGAGGAGGAAACCGCCGACGACGGCUUCCCGGCCUACGACGCCGCGGCCUUCGAGGGCCCGCCGGCGCCGCCGGCGCCCGUCGCGCCGCCGGCGCCGGCGCCCGCGGCGCCGGCCUACCCGGCCUACGCGCCCGAGGUCUCGCCCGAGGCGGACGUCGCGGGCGCGGGCGACGACCUCUACUGCCCGAUCACGCACGAGCUCUUCGGCGACCCCGUCGUCCUCGCCGGCGACGGCCACACCUACGAGCGCCGGGCCAUCACCGAGUGGUUCCAGCGCGGCAACGCCACGUCUCCGCUCACGUCCGCGCCUCUCGAGCCGAGCCAGCGCGCGCUCGUGCCCAACUACUCCGUGCGCCGCCUCGCGGACGAGCACCGCGCGACGACGGCGGCCGCCGCCGCCGCGCCGCCGGCGCUCCGGGCCCUGCGGGCGCUCUCGGCGCCGCCGCCGCCCGUCGCGGCGCCGCCGCGCGCCGCCGCGCCCGUCGUGUCGCCGCCGUCGUCGCCCGCGGGCGUGGCGGGCGACCUCGCGCGCUUCCUCGACGCCCUCGACCUCGGCCGCGACGCGCGCCGGACCCUCGAGGCCCAGUGCGUCGAGAACGAGAUCCUCGACUUCGACACCGCGAAGCUCAUCUCCGCGGAGGACUGGCGCGACUGCGGCGUCAAGGUCGGCACGCGCAAGAAGAUCCUCCACGCCUUCGCGUCCUACAAUCGGUCCAUGCCCUCGCCCGGGUUUGUCGCGGUCGCGUCGAGCGACGACGCGCCCUUCGACGCGGCGCUCGCCGCCGAGGGCGCGCGGGGCCUGGCGGCGGCGCGGACCGCGCGCGAGGGCUCCGGGCCGCGGUCGCUCGACGCGCUCGGCGUGGCGCUGCGCGUGGGCUGCGAGCUGCGCGUCCUCGACGGCAACGCGACGCUGGAGCUCCGCGCCGGCCGGCGGCGGCGGCGCUUCGACGUCGCCGCGCCCUGCGCCGGGCCCUGGCCGGCCUGCGGCCGCGGCGCGCCGGCGACGCCGCUGCUCUGCGCGGUGUCGUCGCCCCGGUCCGCCGCGCGGCGCGGCCGCGCGCCGCUGGCGCUCGUGACGUCCUACAGCGACUUCGGCUUCUUCCACACGUUCCUGCGCUGGGCGCUGAACCGCCUCUGCCACGCGGACCUGCGGGGCCUGCCGACGUACGCCUUCGUGGGCGCCCCGCUCGCGCGCGGCGCGCCGCCGCGCGCGCCGGGCUGCCCGAGCGCCGUCGAGGAGCGCCUGGGCCACACGUCCAAGGCGCUGAGCCUCUACGCCCUCGGCGUCCUGGGCGUCGCCGACGCGCUGCUGUUCCUGGACAGCGACGCCUGGGUCGCGGGAGCGGCGUUCGGGCGCCCGUUCCUGGAGACCUUCGCCGCGGCCGCGCGGGGCGGCGAGGUCGCGCUGCCGGCGCCCUGCUACCGCCAGUUCUUCGGCGCCGCCGUGCUCCUCGCGACGGCGACGCCCUGGGCCGUCGGCUUCCUCGCGCGCUGGUUCCGGCUCCGGCUCCGGUGCGGCCCGAAGGACCAGCCGUCGCUCUGGCACCUCGUCCUCCGCGCGGCGGGCCGCGACGACGCGGCAGACGCCGUGCUCGGCGCCUACCACGACGCGCGCUGCGUCGACGCCGCCGGCGCGCUCACGAAGCGCGACUGCGCGUGCGCGCCGGGAGGCGUGGUCUCGCGCGCGGACGCGACGUGCGGCUACUACGCGGCCUGGGACCGGGCGAACGCCGCGUUCCUCGGCGACGUCUUCGCCGGCGCCGUCAACGACACGGGGGUCCUCUACGAGGUCGCCGCGCCGCUCCUCGUGCCGGGCGGGCGCGUCGCGUACCUGCCGAACGCGGGGCGCCGGGACCCGCUCCUCUGCGGCGACACCGCGCCCCUCCGCCACGUCAAGUUCCUCCGCAAGGCCGACCGCGACCUCGACGCGCGCUGCGGCGCGCCGCCGCCGGGGCUCCUCUUCAAGGGGGACUAAGGGGUGAGUCGAGU